GAUAACAAUCACGCGCGUUUCUUUCUUUUUGAAUUGUCAACGAAAAUUUGCCAUCGUAAUGAUAGCAAUUUACGUGAUAUCGGUCUUGGCCCUUGUAAUUGUGUGGAGUUAUAUUUAUUUUCGCACGAACAGAACGGCCAGGGUUAUCGAUGCUCUACCUGGACCCGAAGCAAUACCAGUACUCGGAAAUUUGAUGCAGAUUCAGAUACCACCCGUGAAAUUAUUCCAAUUGUUUUGCGAAUGGGGAACCAAGUAUUAUCCAGUUUAUAGACUAUGGUUCAGUGUCAUACCGGUCGUCUUCAUACGGCACCCGGAUGACAUAGAGAUUCUCCUAAUGAGCUCUAAACACAUCAACAAGAAAUUAGGCUACGAGCACCUUUAUUCGUGGCUGAAGAGUGGGCUAUUAACGAGCUCGGAUAAAAAAUGGCAUCAAAGGAGAAAACUUCUCACACCGGCUUUUCACUCCAAUGUAGUGGAAAAAUAUAUGGAAAUCACGUUCGAGCAGAGCAGCAGAGCUGUCAAGGACGUCUCUGCGUCGGGAAAGGAAACGAACGUGGAUCUGCUGCCCUAUUGUUCCAAAUGCACUUUAAAUAUCAUUUGCGAGUCGGCGAUGGGCGUAUCGUUGACGAGCGAAGAUGACAACAAAGACGCCGUUGAUUAUAAAAAUGCAAUUCACAAAAUAGGAAGUAUCGCCGUUUACAGAAUGACAAGACCCUACAUUCUAGACUGGAUGCUUCAUUUCAUGCCUCAACUAAAAAAAGAGACGAACAGUGCCUUAGGCCAUCUUCAUGGAUUCACUAGCAAGAUAAUCAAUGAACGUCGAGAGUAUCACGUUGAUACAGGAUACCAGCAACUAAGCGAUGCGAACCUUGACGCCAACGAGGAUGCAAACUUCUACGGCAAAAAACGAAGACUCGCCAUGCUAGAUCUGCUGCUCUUGGACGAAAAAAAAAAUUUGAUAGACGACGCUGGAAUCCAAGAAGAAGUAUCUACUUUUGUAUUCGAGGGACACGAUACAACAGCUCUGGCAAUGUGCUUUGCAAUAUUGUUACUCGCUGAAAAUAAAGAAGCACAAGAUAAAGCACGCGAAGAAGUUGAAGAGAUAUUGAAGCCUAAAAAUGGCGUGAUGAGUAUACCGGAUCUUCAAAAAAUGAAGUAUUUAGAGAGAUGCAUCAAUGAAACGAUGAGAUUGUAUCCCUCGAUUCCAAUCAUAUCGCGUCGAGUGGACGAGGAUUUGCAGUUGAAAAAUUGUUUGUUACCGCGAGGAUCAAAUGUGUUCCUUCACAUUUUCAAUGUGCACAGGGACCCGAAUUUUUGGCCUGAGCCUGAAAAAUUUGAUCCAGAUCGUUUCUUGACCGAAGAAAUAAAGAAACGACACCCAUUCUGCUAUAUUCCAUUCAGCGCUGGAUUCCGAAAUUGCAUCGGUCGAAAAUUCGCAAUGAUGGAGAUGAAAUCUCUGCUUGCUCGAAUUUUGUACGAUUUUUAUUUGGAGCCGAUCGAUCGUCUGUCCGACAUCCAAAUACAACUCGACAUGGUUUUGCGUCCAAGUAAACCUGUUCACACUAAAUUUAUCAAGAUUGAUAGAUUGUAAUAACUAUUUUUUAUGUUGCAUCCUGAAGUUUUUUUAAACCGUUUUUAAACAAAUUAUUACAUAACACACGCACUA